GGGCAUAUUUGUUUCUUGCUCAGCUGGGAACAGUGGACCCAGUAAGGCUUCACUAGCUAAUUUGGCGCCGUGGAUCAUGACAGUUGGUGCUGGUACAUUAGACAGAGAUUUUCCGGCUUAUGCUUUGGUCGGUAAUGGCCACAAGUUCACGGGUGAGUCACUGUACAGUGGGAAAGGCAUGGGUGAUAAAUUGGUGGGUUUGGUUUAUGACAAGGGAAAUAAUGGCUCUAGUAACUUGUGUUUGGCUGGUUCACUUGAACCGAGCAUUGUGAAAGGAAAGGUGGUGGUUUGUGAUAGAGGGACUAAUGGCAGGGUUGCUAAGGGUGUGGUGGUGAGGGACGCUGGUGGGGUGGGGAUGAUAUUGGCAAACACGGCAGCGAGUGGGGAGGAAUUGGUGGCGGAUAGUCAUUUGUUGCCUGCAUUGGCGGUGGGGAGGAAGAUGGGGGACUUGAUAAGGAACUAUGCCAAGUCGGAGGCGAAUCCGACGGCGGUGCUCAGCUUUAGUGGAACGGUGGUGAAUGUCAAGCCGUCGCCGGUGGUGGCAGCUUUUAGUUCGAGAGGGCCCAAUUUGGUUACUCCCCAGAUCUUGAAGCCGGAUGUGAUUGGACCUGGGGUUAACAUCUUAGCUGCUUGGUCUGUGCCUGUUGGGCCUACUGGAUUAGAGGAGGAUACUAGAGAGACUCAGUUCAACAUCAUAUCUGGUACAUCCAUGUCCUGCCCUCAUAUCAGUGGGUUAGCAGCAUUGCUUAAAGCUGCCCAUCCAGAUUGGAGCCCCAGUGCAAUCAAAUCCGCACUCAUGACUACAGCCUACACACAAGACAACACCAAUUCACCACUCCGUGAUGCUGCGGGUGCAGUUUCCACUCCAUGGGCUCAUGGAGCCGGCCAUGUAGAUCUACACAAGGCACUCUCUCCGGGCCUUGUAUAUGACACCAAACCAGCAGACUACAUUGCAUUCCUAUGCUCUUUGGAUUACUCCAUCGAGAAUGUACAAGCGAUUGUCAAGCGCCCAAAUGUUACAUGUUCUAGGAAAUUUCGUGACCCUGGCCAACUCAACUAUCCUUCGUUCGCAGUCCUGUUUGGGAAGUCAAGAGUUGUGCGAUACACCCGUGUAUUGACCAAUGUGGGUGCUGCAGGAUCUGUCUAUGAUGUGGCUGUGGUUGCACCCCCAACAGUGGCGGUGACAGUGAAGCCCACAAGGCUUGUUUUCCGAAAUAUAGGAGAUAAGCAGCAGUAUACCGUGACUUUUGUGUCAAAGAAGGGCGCAGAUAAGACUGAUGCUUUCGGUUCAAUUGCCUGGAGCAACACCCAAAACCAAGUCAGGAGCCCAGUUGCUUUUUCAUGGACAGGGUUGUUAGCUUAGCAUGGUUACAAUUGUUAGCUUGCUUGAUUUUGAAACCUUCUUUGGUUUUCUAUGUCAUUGGUCAGUCCAUGUUUCGGUGAAGAGAGCUUGGAUGGUUCUGAACCCAGUGGGGAGUACACAAGUUGGAAAACUUGGCAAAAGAGGCAUCUGAGAAUGGGAGGAGAAGUUCCUCUGGAAGUUAAGUUCAUUUUCUAGUAAAUUUUAUGUAAUAGAAUUAAGGCACUGCCAUACUUAUACAAAGAUGCGUUUUUGUGCAAUGGUAAACGUACUCAAUUAGUAGCUUAGCUCAUAAGACCUUGUUGGAUCCAUACCGAAUGUGAUAACCAUCUAAGAAAAUCAGGUGUGUUCAGAU